UCUCACCUGUCUCACCUGUCUGUCUCACCUGUCUGUGUGCAGGUGGCGGGCAGGAAGGGUUUCCCUCACGUGAUUUACGCCCGUCUGUGGCGUUGGCCCGACCUUCAGAAGAACGAGCUGAAAGCCGUCGCCUUCUGUCAGUUCGCCUUCGACCUGAAGUACGACAGCGUGUGUGUGAACCCGUACCACUACGAGCGCGUGGCCCAGCCCACAAGCACAGGUCCUCAGUCCGGGAUCAAGGAGGAGUUCCUGCAGGACUGUCUGCAGGUGGAGCUGCCCCCCCACUGUGACCCCUACAGCCAGCCCCGCCCCCCCAGGCAUCCCAGCAUCCCCCCUCCAGGCAGCAGCUCACCUGCAGCUCUGUCAGGUGUUACCUGUGGGAGGGGGGUCGCCCCCCCCCAGAACCAUGGAGGCCACGCCCCCCCCCCUCACACAAACCCCCCCCACACCCCACAGCCUCCUCACCCCCCCACCCCCACCUCCCCACACCUGCCCGAAUACAGCAGCCCCCCCAAAACAGACACCUGGCCAGGUACUAGCCCCGCCCCCUACAGCCCUGCAGGACAGAGUGGGCGGAGCCAACAGCAUCACAAUCACCACGCCCUUAACACACACUUCUGGUCUCAGCAUCACAGUUCUGCUCCGUAUCCACAGCCAGUGUCCAACCACCCAGGUCCGGAGUUCUGGUGCUCCGUCUCGUACUUCGAGCUGGACGUCCAGGUGGGGGAGAUGUUUAAAGUUCAGUCCAGGUGUCCUCAGGUGACGGUGGACGGAUACGUAGACCCUUCAGGUGGAGACAGAUUCUGUCUGGGACAACUGAGCAACGUCCACCGAACUGCGGCCAGCCAACGGGCCAGGCUCCACAUUGGGCGGGGGGUGCAGCUGGAGUGUCGGGGGGGGGGAGACGUCUGGAUGCGUUGCCUUAGCGACCACUCGGUGUUCCUCCAGAGUCUGUACCUGGACCGGGAGGCGGGACGAGCGCCGGGGGACGGCGUCCACAAGAUCUACCCCGGAGCGUCCAUCAAGGUGUUUGACCUGAGGCAGUGCCACAGACAGAUGCAGCAGCAGGUCGGAGCGAACCCCGGACCCCCUGCUGUCAGUGUGUGUGCGGGGGGGCUGGGCGUGGACGACCUGCGCAGGUUGUGUAUCGUGCGUCUGAGCUUCGUGAAGGGCUGGGGCUCUGAUUACCCCCGGCAGAGCAUCAAGGACACCCCCUGCUGGCUGGAGGUCCAUCUGCACCGAGCCCUGCAGCUGCUGGACCAGGUGCUGCACUCAUUGCCAGCACUCUGACACACACACACACUCACCAUUGACAGUUCACUGCAGAGGUAUCGACUUGAAUUCACAGAAGCUGCUGUGAUUUCUUUACGUAUGAACGGGAUACUGCUUUAACUCCACAGUGAUACCGAUUAGAUUAAACUCUCAAUUAAAGCUUUGUGUUUCCGCCAGACGGCAGGGAAGCCAAAUCACUUUAAAGUGUUUUCUGAAGUUUGGUCCAUUAGGGCGAAGCUGACAUUGAAACUGCUCUCAUCUCAAAAUUCUGACUUUUUUUCUCAGAAUCUCAAAAUGUUGAGAUCUAAUAAUUCUUUUUUUUUCCAGAAAACUUUUUCUGAAAUCUGAAAAUUGUGAAUUUUUUCUCAAAAUGUCAGACUUAUUUCUCAAAUCUCAAAAUGUCAGACUUAUUUCUCAAAUCUCAAUUUCAGACUUUUUCUGAAAUCUCAAAAAUUCUGACUUCUUUCUAAGAAUUUCGAAAUGUUGACUUACUCAAAAUCUCAAAGGUCCCAUGUCAUGCUUUUCCGGUUAUUACCCGUCCCCUUGUGUUAUG